CCCGAAUGCCACAAACUUUGAUCUUUUCUUGGUUGCUUGGCUACUAAGACUUUGAAUAACCUCGUACCAAGAGCCACUUGAAGCUUGCCUAAAGCUUUUGGAAGCAGAAAACCACGCAAUUGCAGAAACACCUGACCUCUACAUGUAGCAUAUGGCAACAAACAUGCGCUUUCGGCCACGCCAAUAGCUGCAACCGAGCCUAGCAUUACUCGACCACGACGGCGACGUAUACGACGUAGACGUCAACCACCCUCAACAACGCACCAUGUCCCUUCUCCUUGAUGGGACAACUCCAAGAUGUUCAACCUAACCAAUCUGCUAGGCUCCGCAAACGGUCGGAGUAGCUCAAAGUCCAACCGAUCGUCGAAAGGAACGCCUGACGUAUCGCCCACACGAUCGCGAAGUCCCGAUCCGUCUACCUCGCACUCGGAAUAUGUCACCGACGAAUCCCAACUGCGCCCUUUGCCACCGCUGCCCCCGGAAGUGCUCGGCCUGAACAACAGCCUCGAGACCCUGGUGACGCUGUUCCCUGAUGUGCAGGUUGAGGUCUUCCGGGAGAUGCUCGCGAGCUUCUCCGAGGAAUCGCGACUAGCUGUGGUGGCCGACGCCAUGCUCAAGAACCCGGCUGCGUGGGUGAAGGGGCGCAGAAAAGCUCGGGAUGCACAAAAGGCUCAUGGAGCAACGGAGGGGGGGCCCGUGGUUCCCACGACGGAGGCGUUCAGGGGCAACGACUACAGACGAGCAGUCAGACGCCUUGCGCUGCACGAGUUCAAGGGGCUGUCGAGGUCUUCGAUCGAUGCCGUGUUGUCUGAGUCCAAUUACUCGUACUUGGAUGCGCGGCCAACGCUGGUCGAGCUCUCGUCCAAGUCAUGGAAGUUUGCCAUCUCGUCCUUCUUCAAUCGUCGCAAACCUGUCACGUCGGGCGAGGUUGAACCCCAUCCAUUGGUGAUUUGGAGAUCGUCAGGCCAUGGCUCCAUCGUCCCGGCGUUGAAAUCCACCGGGAAUGCAGAGCUAGACAGGGAGCUGUUCGAAGAGCUGAUCGUGCCGUUGAAAAAGCGCGAGACUGCUUCGAGAGAAGCCGGUGAUCGCACAUUGGCCCUGACUCUCCACACCGAAGAGGCGCAAGCCUGCGAGGCUACGUACGAAUGCGCUUGUUGCUUCACCGAUGCGACGUUCGAGGAGUUUACCACGUGCAACACCGAGGGCCACAUGGUCUGCUUCCGUUGCGUGCAACAUUCCAUCAAGGAGGCAGUGUUCGGACAAGGCUGGCAACGAAACAUCAACAAGGACUCGGGCACACUCCGUUGUCCUGCCGUGGCAGCUAGAGAAUGCCAAGGUUGCGUUUCGUCCGAGCACAUCCACCGCGCCCUGAUGGAGGAGACGAAAGGCACCGAAAUCCUCCAUAAGCUGGACCAGCGACUAGCGGAACACGGUCUCAUAUCAAGCGGCCUGCCUCUCGUUCGGUGCCCGUUCUGCAAUUAUGCCGAAGUCGAUGACCUUUACGUGCCGACGCACAAGACGAAGCUGAGGCUGCGGGCAAGCAACAUACCCAAACUCUUCUUCGCAGUCAUCUUCGUCUGUUUGCUGCCCCUAUCCCUACCCAUCAUCGUGCUUGCUCUCUCCUGUCUGGUACUGUGCUGGAAUCGCAUGUUUAGGUACUAUGCUUCCCUGCAGUUCCGCGCCGCCGUCAGCCGGUACCAGCGUCGGCGCAUGGGACUCAAAUUCAGCUGCCAAAACCCAUCUUGCCUCGAGGCAAGUUGCAUGUCGUGUUCCAAGGCUUGGGUCGACAUCCACAUCUGCCAUGAAUCGUCGCUCGUCGCCCUACGGACCCAAGUGGAGCAGGCUAUGUCCAUGGCCAUCAAGCGCGUGUGUCCACGGUGUAGCACGUCUUUCGUCAAAACGGCUGGCUGCAACAAGUUGACCUGCCCCUGCGGCUACAAAAUGUGCUAUGUGUGCCGCAAAGACAUCGGCGCCCAUACGGAAGGGUACCAACACUUCUGCCAGCACUUCCGACCCGAAGGAGACGGGCGGCAGUGUAAAGAAUGCCGCAAGUGCAACCUGUGGGAGACAGAGAACACGGAGGCGAUCUUGCGCGAGGCGAAGCAAGAGGCCGAGCGGAAGUGGCGCGCUACGGAGCAGCGAGAGCUGUCGGACGCGGAAAAGGCAUACUUGGAGACAGGCGUCGCUAGUAACAAGGAUGAUAACGUGGUCAAUCGGAUGCUGAAGGGUGGCAAGCUCCCUAGCAUGGAGGAGCUGUGCGAUUUUAUUGUCGAGUCGCUGUUCGUGGUAAUCUCUUAGGGUGAGCCCCUUGGCUGGGGGUUGGCGCGAUCUCGACAACGGCUGGCAUAGGCUAGAAUGCAUUGUUUGAGGAGAGGGAUUCAUGAGGAUAGGAGAACAAAAGGUACAUAUGGACCGGAUAGACGCAUGGGAAACGGACAUUACAUAAUUGGGUGGACUGGUGCAUACGCUCAAUAACGGAUAGGGAAAGGAUAAGCAGGGGCGAUGAUGGUAUACCCUCAUGUCAUGUACAUCAAACAGGCAAGCAAGCCAUCGUGGGCUAUAAAGCCAGCAAUAAUACAACAUUAACAACU